AUGGCAGACUCCGUGACAGCUCCAGCAAGUUAUGGAACUCAAGCUGAUGCUUUGCUUAGGAAGAAUUUGACAUUUCAGGCUACAACAUCUCCAGCUGAGAGUACCAGUUUCCUUGACCCUGCUUUCUUUUCAAGCAACACUACACUCUAUCGUGUUCUACCGAAGUGUCCUGAGAAAUACGAAAAUCAAUCGACGAUUGAAGUAGCUCUGAGCUUAAUUUCUUACUGUUCUACUGCAGAGGUGAAAUGUCGUGAAGAGUUAAACUUGUGGCGGAAUAGUCCCUCGGAGAUCAAUGAAGAGCUGUACAAAGGUUACACGAAGGGGAAUCCAGAGAAAAAGGGAAACGAGAUAUUAACAGCAUAUGAUUUCUUAAAUACAGAUGGAAAAAGGUUCAAUGUGAGUAUUUGGUAUAACUCUACCAUUAAGGACCCAAAUAAAGGUGAACGAUUGAUACGGGUGCCUCCAUUGGUGAACAUGGUAUCACAUAGCUACAUUAAUCAGUUGUCUGGGUCGAGUAGCAUUUUUGACUUUAUCAAAGAAAUGCCUAAGCACGGAAGUAUGAAGAUCACAGAAAUCUCUGGUGAGGCGGGACCAAUUUUAUUUUCAUGGGUGAUAUUACAGCUUUUUCCAGUUGCUUUUGUGGCUCUGGUUUAUGAAAAGCAACAGAAUCUACGAAUCAUGAUGAAAAUGCAUGGACUUAAGGACGGCCCCUAUUGGACUAUUACUUAUGCUUAUUUUCUUUUCAUAUCAUCGCUCUACAUGUUUGGCUUUGUGGCGUUUGGCUCACUCCUAGGUUUAAAGUUCUUUCUUCGUAAUGCUUUCAGCAUCCAGUUCGUGUUCUAUUUCGUCUACAUAAACUUGCAAAUCGCAUGUGCAUUUCUGCUGGCUGGAUUUUUCUCAGAUGUUAAGACAGCCACAGUCGUGGGCUACAUGUUGGUGUUCUCAAGUGGUCUCUUAGGAUCAUUCUUUUUCUCAGGCUUUCUUACGGGUUCGGUAAUAUCAGAAGUCUGGAUUAUAUUGAUGGAGCUAUAUCCUGGAUUUUCUCUUUUUCGUGGAUUAUUUGAGUUUGGGGAAUAUAGUAAAAUUGGUCUUUAUACGGGUGAAAAAGGUGGCAUGAAAUGGGAAAAUUUGAAUGAUCCUGAAAAUGGGAUAAAAGAGGCUCUAAUUAUAAUGUUUGUGGAGUGGAUAGUGGUUCUCCUUGUUGCUUUUUACUUGGAUCAGCUCAAUUCAUCAGGGAAAAGUCCCCUAUUUUUCUUGGAGAAAUCCCGGAAGAAGCAGACGUUAUCCACCACGAACUUAUUAGAAAAGAAGGAUUCUGGAGUCUGUCUUGAAAUGGAGAAAGAAGAUGUUGCCGAAGAGAGGGAAAAGGCUGAACAGCUGGUAGCCCAAUCGACAGCAGGUUAUCCCAUCGUCGUUGACAACCUGAAAAAGGUUUAUCCAGGGAUAGGUGGAAACCCCAAUAAAUAUGCAGUAAGAGGACUCUCACUUGCUGUGCCUGAAGGGGAAUGCCUCGGUAUGCUUGGCCCCAAUGGUGCUGGCAAAACAUCUUUUAUUAGUAUGAUGAUAGGGCUCACAAAGCCAAGCUCCGGUGUUGCAUUUGUUGACGGUCUGAAUAUAAAUGCAGAGAUGGACAAAGUGUACACCGUCAUGGGUGUAUGUCCUCAGCAUGACUUGCUUUGGGAUACAUUAACAGGAAGGGAGCACCUACUUUUCUAUGGAAGGCUUAAAAAUUUAAAAGGAAAGGUUUUACAUCAAGCCGUUGAAGACUCUCUUAAGAGUCUCAACUUGUAUAACGGAGGUGUUGCUGACAAGCAAGCUGGGAGAUAUAGUGGUGGAAUGAAGAGAAGGCUAAGCGUUGCUAUUUCACUCAUUGGAAAUCCCAGGGUCGUUUACCUGGAUGAGCCGAGUACUGGACUUGAUCCAGCUUCAAGAGAUACCUUGUGGACUGUUGUGAAGAAUGCACGGAAAGGCAGAGCGAUAAUUCUCACCACCCAUUCAAUGGAAGAAGCGGAUUAUUUAUGUGAUCGCUUAGGAAUUUUCGUCGAUGGAAGCUUACAAUGCAUAGGAAAUUCUACAGAGUUGAAGGCAAGAUAUGGAGGGUCUUAUGUGUUGGCGGUAACGACAUCAUCUGAUAAUGAGGUGGAAGUGGAGAACAUGGUUACACGCCUAUGCCCAAACGCCAAGAGAGUGUACCAUUUAUCGGAGACACAGAAGUUCGAGUUGCCAAAGCAUGAAGUGAAAAUUGCAGAUGUAUUUCAACUAGUUGAGAAUGCAAAAAAUAACUUUCCAAUUUAUGCUUGGGGUAUGGCUGAUACAACUUUAGAGGAUGUUUUUAUCAAGGUUGCUUCUACUGCUCAGUCGUUUAAUGAAGCCUGA